AUGAAGCUCAACUUGAUAUUAACUUUGGUGCUUACAGCAAAUAGUGGAUAUUGUAAAAAUGCAAAUAAUAACAACAGAAGAAACUCACAAGAGUCAUCAUCUAUAGAAUAUUACACAAAACUUGAACACCGUACGACAAUACCGGUGAUCAUUCAUUUCGACAAAGCGCUGACGGAUCGACUUGCGAGAGAACGACAAAUAAAGUCUAGAAAAAAACUGAAGGAAAUAUCUAAAAGUAUUUUGAAAGAAGUUGAAAGCUACUAUCGUCAUCCUAGUCUGAAUCAUAGCAUUCACCUUUCGUUGCUAGAUACAAGAUUUUUAAGAAAAAAUUUGAUCGAAUUGGACGAAAAUGCGUCUACUUACCUGAGGAAAUAUUGCACUUGGCAAGGACAGAGGAAGCGCAGGGGACAAAGAUGGUGGUACUCUGUACUGUUGACGGGAUUGGACCUUUAUUAUCUGAGCAAUAAAGGCGAAAAAGUUAGAAGUAGUACAGGACGCGGAUACUUAGGUGGCAUCUGCGCCAUCAAUAAAAGUUGUACUCUAUUAGAAUGGAACCCUAAAAAUAUUGGCUUCCUUCUCGCACACGAGAUAGGACACAGUCUAGGAAUGAAUCAUGACGGCCGUCCACAUAACGCUUGCAGGCCUCGUGUCAAUAUCAUGAGUAAUAAAUAUCACCCUCUUCGUCAUCCAAGGAGCUGGUCCCAGUGUAACAAGGACGAUCUUCAAAGAUUCCUAUCGAACAGAAAAAGCUGGUGUCUGAGAAACCUACAGUAUAAAACACAAUUGACAAGACAUAGAUACUAACGAAUUAAGAUAAUAAUGAUAUUGAAGAAAUAAUUAAAUUUCAAUAAAUUUGUC